AUGGACUUGGGAGAUGGCGACAUUGCGCUUCGAGGCAUCACUGAUAUUGAGGAUGAGUAUGAUCACAUUGCUCAGAUUCAUUCGUUGAUUGCUGCAGCUAAGGCUAAAGCCAAAGCCAAACUCAAACCCAAGCCCAAAACAUUGCCUAAGUCAGCCGCGAAAGCUAAAGCCAAAGCUGACCCGAAAGCUGCACCUAAAAGAGAACAUUUCAAGAACACCGACUAUUGGGUCAUCAACGAAGACAAGAACGUAUUGGUCCGUUUUCAUGUGAAGCCACGCCAGUAUUUGAUGGCAUUCAGAUAUCUCCGAGGUACAUUGCCUGUUGAUGAAAAGCGAUUGACAGGCGAGAGAGAAACGGAGCGCCAUUUCAAGGAUGGCACAUCUGAUGUGAUUGUUGACAAGGACUUCAGGGUAUUGGACGAUGAUAAAGUGGAUAAUCGCGUUCAGCUAGACCCUGAGAACAUUGUCUCGUGGCGAGGUCGUACAGUUUUCAAGAUGAAACCAUUGACAGGUAAAGCAUUGGAAGAAGCGAAAAAGGUUGCAUUGCGGUAUCAAGGACCACCUACAACUGCAUUGCAAACCAACCGCUUCCGAUUGUCACCGCCUCCGCCCGCCGAGAUGGUGACACUGUGCCAGCAGCGGCCUCCCAAGUCAACGAACAGAGCCAAGGCCAACGCUUGGGGCACAAGUCAGGUGCCAUCAGCCAACUAUCAGCGCACCAAGUCCAAGGUCAAGGUUGACGACCACCAGCACCCGUGA